AUGUCGCGCCGACAACCUAUAGGGCGCACAGCCAGCCGACCAGCAUCCUUAGCCUCUGGAUCCCGCAUCGCACGAACACAGUCAUCCAUGAUGCCGCCUGGAACGCCUAGGAGAGCGACCACGACGGGGCUGAGUGCCGGACCGAACGCUGUCAAGCUCAGCUCCGAGGUCAGCGAGACAAACAUCCACGUCGUCGUCAGAUGUAGAGGGCGGUCACAGAAGGAGAUUGAUGAGGCGACACCUGUCAUCACCACCACGGGCGGACCACUCAGCAAGAACAUCACCGUCGAGACGACACCCGUCGCAGCCGCGGCUGCCGCUUCCACCUUCACCACAGCUAGCAGCUACAACAACGGCAGCGGAAACACCAAGACGUAUCCCUUUGACAAGGUCUUUGGACCUGAAGCCGACCAGACAAUGAUCUUCAAAGAGGUCGCGGAGAACAUGCUUGAUGAGGUGCUCGCCGGCUACAACUGCACCAUGUUCGCCUAUGGUCAGACGGGUGACGUUGAUCCGACACCCCUGAUGGAGCCGUCCACUGAGGCAGGCAUCAUCCCGCGAGUGCUGCACCGGCUGUUCGCACUCCUCGAUGCACCGGAGAACCCGGAGUACGCGGUCCGCGCAUCCUACGUCGAGCUGUACAACGAGGAGCUCCGCGACCUCCUCGCGCCCGAGUACAAGGAUUAUACGGGCGGGUCCCAGAUCAGGAUCUUUGACGAUCCUGCCAACAAGAAGGGUGUCAUGAUCCAAGGUCUCGAGGAAGCCGCCGUGCUCGAUGUCAAGGGCGGCCUGGCGCUGCUGAACAAGGGCACCCAGCGAAGACAGACGGCCGAAACCAAAAUGAACUCGGUGUCGUCGCGAUCCCACUCCAUCUUCACCCUCACCGUUCAGGUCAAGGAAACUUCGGCUGACAAGGGCGAGGAUCUCAUCCGUAUCGGCAAGUUCAACCUCGUUGACUUGGCUGGAUCCGAGGCCAUUGGCCGCUCCGGGGCUGAGAACAAGCGCGCUCGCGAAGCCGGCAUGAUCAACCAGUCUCUUCUGACGCUCGGCCGUGUCAUCUCCGCCCUCGUUGACAAGAGCCACCACGUGCCGUACCGAGAGUCAAAGCUCACGCGACUGCUGCAGGACUCGCUCGGCGGAAAAACAAAGACGUGCAUCAUCGCAACCGUCUCGCCUACGCGGUCCAACAUGGAGGAGACACUCUCGACGCUCGACUACGCCCUGCGCGCCAAAUCGAUCAAGAACCGCCCUGAGGUUAACUCGCAAAUGACGAAAGCCGGUCUGCUGAAGGAGUACCUGACCGAGAUUGAGCGCCUCAAGGCCGAUCUGUUCGCAACGCGCGAGAAGAACGGCAUCUGGAUGGAUCCUGACAACUACAAGGAGCUGCAGCAAAGCCAACAGCGCCAGAAGAGCGACUAUGACGAGGCGCGCCAGCGCGUCACUGCCAUUGAAGUCGAGCUCAAGACUCGAAAGGCCGAGUUUGAGAGGCUCACCGACCGCUUCGUCAAGACCGAUUCGGAGCUCAAGGUUGCGCGCGAUGCCGAGCAGCAGCUGAAUGGUUUGCUCGAGAAGGCCAAGGUCGAUGUCGACAAGGCCAUAAACGACCUCGCCCAAGAGCGCGUUGUCAGCGAAGCGUACCAGCGCGGAGAGGAGAGGCUGAACGCUGUUGCUGGCGAGCUCCGCUCCGUCGCAGUGGAUAGCGUUCACGACGUUGACGGCCUCCACGACAAGGUAGAGCGCAUGGCGUCCGUCCUCGACGGUAACUCGGAGACGUCGUCUCGCUUCGGCACGGACAUGCGUUCCCUGUUCCACGUACUGCAGAGCGACUUGUCCCAACUGCACUCGGUUCAGACCGAGUUUGGCAACACCAUUCGGAGUGACAUGAAGAACUACGCCCAACGAGGGCAGCAGCGACACCUCGCGGACCUCGACUCUUCCUUCAAGUCUUUCGAGCAGCUUGUAUCAACGCUCCAGGGCAGCACCGAGGAAGGUGCCGCACAGGCUACCGACCGCGCCGCCGCCAUCCUCGCCGUUAAAGCCGAGGUGCUGUCCGCCGUCCGCGCGCAGGCUGAGGCUGAGACUGAGCGCUUCACGAAGAUGGGCGAGGAGCUCUUGAUGCAGCAGCAGAAGCACCUCUCCUCUGUCAGCAACGUAAUCAACUCCACCGCCGACGUCGUCGAGGCGGUCCUCUCCGCUGCGCGCACGCUGAAAACAGCGCAGAAUGAGACGCUUCAAGCCGCAAAGCAGCAGUCCAACUCUGCCGCCGAGGCCGAGAUUGCGCGUUUGCGCCAGCAGAACCAGCAACUCACGCAGCUCCUCAUCGACAAGGACGCGGAGACGGCCAAGCUACGCGAGAACUUGAUUGCAGGCGUGACCGACCUCAUCACGGGCGCCACAGAUGCGCAGAACACGAGCCUGCGCUCCGCAAUCGGCAAGAUCCAGGCUGGCAACGACGCGGGUCUCCGCGAGGUGCAGGCGUUCAAGGUGUCGCAGUCCGCAGCCAUUGACAAGGGCGCGGCGUCAAUGGAGACGUUCUCUCGCCAAAUUGCCACGCAGAAGGACGCUUUCCAGGGCCAGCGCGACAACGGCCAGCGCGCCAUCGCCGACGCCGAGCGCGGUCUUCAGGCCAGUCUCGAAGAGUAUGCGUCCGAGGCGAGUGAGCAGGCGCGCAUUCACGUCGAGAGCAUUGAGGACUACUGCGGCCUCAUCACGGAGCAGGCUGAAGGAAUCGAGACGAGUGUGACCGAGAAGGCACAGGAGCAGGCCGACACCAUUGCCUCCCUUCAGUCGAACGGCCAGGCAAGCUUCCAGCUGUCGAGCAGCCGAGUUCGCGCGGGCGCGGACGACAUUGCCACGCUCACUUCGACUCUACUCGAUUCACACGCCACUUCGUCCGAAGCCUCAGCCCAAGCUCACAGCUCGGCGAAGCGCAAGAUCGACGAGAUCACCGACGCCACCGACGCAUUCCUGUCCAAUCUGCGCCAGGACGAGCCGACUGGCUCGACGCCGCGCAAGAAGCAGUGGGCGAUUCCGAGCUGGGAGCGGACCGGUCCGCGCGAGAUGCUCCUGCGCGGCUUCCGCAGCGCGCCACCGGUCAUAGCGUCGCCGUUGAAGCGUUCCUUCUCCGGCGACGAUGACGCGGACGUCUCGCACACCAGCGCCGUUAGUGUUGGCUCUGCUGUCUCCGCUGCCUCUGGAACAUCCGCUAUCUCUGCUGCAUCAGGACGCUCGGCUCAGUCCUCAGGCAGCCGCCCCCGGUCUCCCGCUGACCCGCCCGCGCCGCCUCGUGAGCUGAAGGAGUCGAAGGUAUCGAGGCCGGAGCUGCGGCCGGCAGCCUCCCUGCCCCCGUUAUCGCGCACGGCUAGCAGCUCGAGCACGGCCGUCGAGGACAGGGGACCCCUCGUCAAUUCGAUGAACGGCAAGCGCCCCAAGAACAAGCGGAUAGACAGCACCAGCAGCGAUAUCCCGAGAGUCAACGUGCUCGGAGAGGGUGGCAACAUUCCCCGCAAGCAGCGGCUGCGCUAG